UCAACAAAACAACAAAAAUGCGACCGACAUCAAUAGUGAAGCUAGAAGCAAUUCAUAGUUUUUCACUUCAUAUGAAGGCUACAUUUAGUGGCCGCUAUAACAUUGGUGAGAGACUCUUCCACAAAUAGCAGGUAUUGAAAGCGAAACCAAAAUAACACUUACCAUUUUAAAGAACGCAGCCAAAAAAUAUCAACUACCAUAUGAGGCUCCAUGCAUACUAGUCAUUUUGCCAAUACCUUGCUAGUGGCAAUUGUACAAGAAACCCUUAACUCGCCGCAAAAUCUCACACCAAACUCAAUAGAACAUGAAACUAUAUAAUACUCGGUCAUUUCUUCAUUUUCAAACACAAACUUAUCUCAAAUAUUCAAAAGUCUUGUGUGAGAAAAUGGCUUACAAAGCUUCCUCUUUCCUUGCACUUGUUCUCAUUGCCAAUGUACUGCUUAGCAAUACUUGCCAAGCACGCAACAGUAUUCCGAAAAACUCAAACACUGAUGACAAGAAAGAGCCUCAAUGGUUUUUCCAUUUUGAUGGGAUUCCAGGCUUCGGGCGAGUAGGGUUGCCGCCUUUGUUUGGUUCUACGCCUCAAAGUCCAUCCAAUGGCGGUGGCGGAGGAGAAGGAGCAGGAUCAGGAUCAGCGCCUGGCGGUUAUGUUCCAGGUGGUGAUGACACUUUUGUCCCAAAUCCUGGUAACGAGGUUCCGAUUCCAGGAAGUGCCGGAGCGGUUCCAGUUCCAGCUGCAGUUCAUCCUUGAAAUUUUCUCAGUUAUGAGCCAUCAUGCAUUAUUGUACUGAGUAGGCCUAGUUUCUAAACCUAGUUAUGCUUUUGACUAGUUUAAGUACUUAUCAAUUUCAGUUUGCACCAUUGAAUAAGUGCUCCAUGUACAAUAUCUGUUACAUGGUAGUGUUAUUUCCUUUUUAAAGAUUAAACAUUAUGCAUGUUGUAAGCUCUAUUGUGUGUAACUCAUAAUUACAUUUUCUCUGACAAUUUCAA